GCGAAAGAGGUGGAGGAGCAGGUUAGGUGUUUGUAGAUUCCUGAUGGCGUCUGGUUCUGGCAGCAGAGCGGAGGAACAGCCACCAGCGCUGCCUGUCAAACAGCGCAGGAGUCAUUCCUCCAGACACUCCAGUGUGGAGUCUGACUGCGUCAUGCUCAGCCCUGCUGGACUCCAGCAUCAAAACCUCACCUACAACGACGUCUUCCAAGAGCCCACUGAUUGUAACGCAGCUCAGUGCCCCAUACACCAGCGUUAUGAUCCCUCCAGACACCAGGUGAGAUUUUUCUCCGAUGGCACUCCGCCGCCUGUUCCAAAGAAGAGGUUAGCUCGCACCUUCUCCCUCCCAGUGGCACCUCAGUACUCCCCUCUGUCUCCGCUCUAUCCACUGCAAAAGCACCCUCUAAACUUUGACAACCCCAUCUACAUGCUGGUACCCAUACCUGACACCUGUUUACACGAGGAGGAGGCGGAAGAAUUUAAACCAGUCCCCUUGCCAUCUUUCUCCCAGCUGACCUUUGACACCCCAGACGAACAUCUGUCCUGCCUCUUCAGCAGCUUUGGCGACCAGAGGGUUGUUUUUCAGGGGAUUCAGCACCGCCACCUCCUCUUUCUGAGGAGCAUGGCGCAAAGUGUGGAGGCUGGGAUCCUGCUGCAGGGAAAGGCCGCAGAGAGGGACGUCAUCUCAUACCAGCCUCAGGAUUUCCUGCUGUGUGACGGCGGAGGGCCAAAGGAGAUCGGAGACACGGUUUACUACAGCCUGCGCAGCCCCAAGCUCCCAGGGAGGAUGCUUGGUUUAAGGGCACACAAACAGACUGAUGAAACACAAACCAAACACCAGUCAUCCCAUGUCAACGUGCAAGACGUUAUUGCUCAUUUCCAAGCACGCAAUGCCUCAAAGGAUGAAUUCAGCAUAUUGCAAAAUCAAGGUCCCUCUCAUUCUGUCAAGUCAGACUGCACUGCUGCUAAAUCACCAGAUAGAGGCAGCACUGAGUGUGCAGCAGCUCAUGUGAACAUGAAUCUGUCCUCUUUCCUCCAGAAAGGCCUCUCAGUGAGCGUGGAGAGAGACCUGCCUCACGCCACUCUAGAGGACUUUGUUCAGGGCUCCCUGCAGAGCACAGAUUGUUUGGAUUACGACAGACAGGUUUGCGCUCUGUUGCUGCAGGUAUUAAUGGGCACACAACAUCUGUACAACAUCAGCGCCACUGCAGCUGAGCUCAGACCACAGGGGAUCUUUUUAGUGUGGCCCAGCAGGGAGGAUGAAGAGGGAGAAAAGAAGCUUGAGACUGAUGCUUCUGAAACAAAAACAGGUUUCAAGACCAGCAGAUGGAAAGAAGGAAUGGAGUGGGGAAAGAAAAAAAGACCAAUCCAGAUGUUAUGGAGGACAUACGGUUCCCCUCGUGUGGUGUUAACUCCGCUGUCAUCUGCUCUGUCUGCACCUCACCCUCUCACCUACAUCAAAUCCCAGAUUGGAGCACUAAUUCAAUACUGCCUCCAUUCACAAGAGAGCCAAACACCUCUGGGCUCAGUUCCAGCCGUGUCCUCACACCGACAGGGUCUUCUCUAUCUGGCCUCUCUGCUCCACUCUGGGAGCAGCGGAGCACAGAUGGCGGACAUGGUGGCCACGCUUCAGGUGCUCCUCUGGGGGCCACGUGUCCCAUUCAUCAGUCACAGAGGCUCUCUGACCGCCGCUGUACACAACUGGCUGACUGUCAAGCGAGCCCUGCUGGUGAUGAAGCUGGCAGAGAGAGGGCUGAUCCAGGAUCAGUCUGCUCUGGACUGGGAGGACUGUAUGUGUCUGCAGUACUUGUCGUUUACAGACCCGGAGACAGUUGUGAGCGUGACCAGUCAACUAUGGCUCUCUCUGAACAUGGACAGUCCAUCUUGAAAUGCAAUCAUUGAUGUGAUGACUCCUGCUGCGUAAUUUGUAAACUGUCACUCUGCAAUAUAUCAACGGUCAAAAAUACACUAAGAAUGUGCAUUUGAUUUGACUAAAAGCCAUUUCCAUCCUCCUCCUUUUAUAAUUAAGAUAUUCAUACACUGCUGUUCACUAUGUAAAAUGUAUGCGAUAAAAUGCUGCACUUUGAACAUUUGUUGCUGUAAUAUUACUCUUUAUCGGCCCUAAAAAUGUAUUUCCUAAAAGCAAACUAUUUUCUGACAAGUUAGAACAGUUUUAGGCUUUUUGUUGUUUUUUUAACCAGAGAUUUCUGUUUUUCUCUGUGCUUUAAAGGGCUUUAAGACACCACACGAUUAAAACAAUUGUGCUGUA